AUGACAUCUUCUCAGGGUGGGCGCAGCCGAUACGGAUUGCCGAGCAGAAUUCACUCGGACAACGCUACCAACUUUCGGGGAGCAGCCCGAAAGUUCCGUGAAUUAUACCAACACAUCAACGAAACCGAACGGAACGAUCAAGUGACCGACUUCUUCUCCAACAAGGGAAUCGAGUGGAAGUUCAUUCCUGCGCGAUCCCCACAUCACGGGGGCCUCUGGGAGGCAGGCGUGAAGGUGGCGAAAACUUUCUUGAGCAAAAUCGGUGGUGAUGCUUGUUUAACGUUCGAAGAACUGAGUACCGUUCUCGCACAAGUUCUGGCUUGUAUGAACUCUCGGCCGAUUUCUACACUCUCUAAUGACCCGAACGACCCUCAACCUCUCACUCCAGCCCAUUUUCUCAUCGGUCGACCACUACAUUCUGUGCCAGAGAUCAAUCAGUUAGAACGCCACAUCGGUUCCCUCAGCAGAUGGGAGUUUGUUCAACGCAUCGCACAACAGUUUCGAGCUCGGUGGCAGAAAGAAUAUGUGCUAUCCCUUUAG